AUGGCCAACUCUAAUCUAAUUCUCUCUUCCCUCUUAGCUUUGUUCACCGUCGUUUCACAUGCAGCAUCCAACGACGUCGUUUCUACCAUUUGCCCGAAAACCAUGAACCCACCAUUUUGUGCAAGCGUGUUGAAAUCUGCAGGCACUACCGAUAUGAAAAGAUUAGCCGUAUAUACCCUCAAGCUUGCGCAUACAAAUGCGGCCAAAUGUGUGGCUCUAGCCAAGUCACUAGCGGCAACAGCCACCAAUACUCAACUUAAGCAACGAUACUCGUCUUGUUCUGAGAGCUUUGAUGAAGCUGUUGGUGACAUUGAAACUGCCCAAGAGGACUUGGCUGCUGGUGACUUUAACGCUGUCAAUAUUGCAACUUCUGGUGCUAUGACAGAGAUUGACGAUUGUCAAGAUAACUUCAAACAGCCACCAACAGACACGUCAAUGCUUUUGAAGAAUGGAAGAACUCUGAAUGAUAUAUGCAGCAUUAUCCUGGUCAUAUCGAAUCUUCUUUAG